CCUGACCCGAUUCCCACGCCUACCCGGAGAUCUGGGUUUCAUUGUUUCCGUUUCUGAGCUGUGUAAUAGGUAAUUAUUAGGAGACUAUGCCAUUAUUUAAGGUCCGAGAAAAUCAGGCGAUGUCUUUUAUACGGACUUGAUAAGCAACUAAUCUGAAAGAGACCAACAAAUACUUUAGUGUCUCUGUUCUCCACGAGGAACAUCAUAGCUUUAUACUGAGACCCCUCUCUUUCUCUUUCUCUCUCUCUCUCUCUGCAAUGUUCGAGAAGUCGGCAGCUAUUUGAGGAAGAGAAAGAGGAAGACCCCUUCCUCCUCGCUCUGUGGAGAUUAGGAUGGCAGAAGAGAUUUUUCUCUUCAAUAAGGAUAAUACUCUUAUCAUAAAGCCUCCCAAGAAAUCUCCAAAAUUGUUAAGGAGAAUAGUUUUAAUAUUUGCAAUAUUUUGCGGCAUGUAUAUAUGCUCAAUCUGCAUAAAGCAAUCACACAUCCGAAGAGAUGCUAGCUUUACGGACAUUGAGGUCAUUGACAGGCCUUGCUGCGAUUAUGGUUGUAAUACAUACCAAAUUCCCUACUUGCAUUACCCGAAGCCUGAAACAUUUAGCAGGGCCGAAUGCACUUGCAAUCCUGUGCGCUUCUUUGCCAUUCUGUCAAUGCAGAGAUCUGGAAGUGGAUGGUUUGAAACAUUGUUGAAUAGUCACAUUAACAUCAGUUCUAAUGGGGAGAUAUUCUCUGUCAAAGAAAGGAGGGAUAAUGCAUCUUCGAUUUUGAGGACCUUGGAUAGAGUUUACAACUUGGACUGGUUUAGUAGUGCUUCGAAGAAUCAGUGCUCGGCAGCUGUUGGCUUCAAAUGGAUGCUUAAUCAGGGAUUGAUGGAGAACCAUAAAGAGAUUGUGGAGUACUUCAAUAAUAGAGGUGUGUCAGUAAUAUUUCUCUUCCGGCGAAAUCUUUUGCGUCGGAUGGUUUCAGUGCUCGCAAAUUCCUAUGACCGACAUGCUAAGCUAUUGAAUGGGACGCACAAAUCUCAUGUGCACUCAAUAGAAGAGGCAGAAACAUUGAUGAAAUACAAACCAAGUAUUAAUUCGACAUCAUUGGUGAAUGAUCUGAAGGAGAUGGAAGUGACAGCAGCCAAAGCAUUGGAAUACUUCAGCAGCACCAGGCAUAUCAUUUUGUACUACGAGGACCUUAUCAGGAACCGCACUAAAUUGGUGCAAGUUCAAGAGUUCCUGAGGCUGCCGGUGAUGAACUUAACAAGCCGGCAGGUCAAGAUACACAAAGGGCCAAUGCGGGAACACAUUAAGAAUUGGGAGGAGGUGAACAAGACACUCCAGGGGACAACUUAUGAGAGCUUCCUCCUUGCAGACUAUUGAUCAUAUAAUGUUCUUCUCUAACCCCACACGGUUUGGUGUAAAUAACUUCUUCAGACUACUACUCGUCGCAAGCUGACACGAACUUCUUUGGUCGACUUAAGCUUUCUGCUGCGGUUAUGGAGUUGCGUGAUGAUUUGGUACUUGUUUCUGCCUUCGUUUACCACUUGUAGCUCUUAUACCCUAUCCUUUUUGCUGUCGUUUGGGUGUUGGGGUAUAGAAUCCAUGUAUAUGUUGUUGGUUCAGCUAAUUUCUUUUGGGCGCAAGCUCGUGUUCAAUUUGGUUUGAACUCAGUUUUUCAGAGCUAGCUCUCUUUUGUUGUUUUAUUUUGUUCUUUUCAUUAAAGGAGGCUGAAACAACACAUUUAUUUACCUUCGGCUUUCUAUA